GACUCCGACCCAAACACGGAAGCAGCACAGACGAGUGUGACAGGAAAAAGUUAAUGCUCUUCUUUUUGGCGAAUAAAUGACUCUUAAACAAUAUUCCGUUUGAAAACUGUUAUAACAACAGGAACGUCACAUCACAUAGUUUCUCUAGAUGAAGUUCUCGUGGUUUCGCGUAGCAGUACCGCUUUGUUUUGCGGUUUUGUCGAUCGCUGUCGCCAUCAAUGGAAAAGCCAUGCCGUCCCCGCUGCCCACCGCCGUCGGUGUCUGCUCCUUGGCCGGGAUGGCGCUCAUUUGGAGGGACAUGAGCUCGAAGAUGAAGGGUGGGAACCGCACGUUGGGCAGCCUGUUCAGCCAGUAUCUUGCCGUGAAGGCUGUGGGCUGGCUGGGCAGACGGCAGAGACGGAAACUCGAAGCCGACACGCUCAAGGUGAAGCAGGUUCAAGAAGAGACUCUGCUGAAGCGUCUGCGUAAAAACGCCAACACAUGUUAUGGAAGAGAGUACGACUUCAGCUCAAUUAAAGACAGUGAUGGCUUCCGGGCGCGUCACCCCAUCACCACAUACGAACACUAUCACGACCUCAUCAGGCGAAUCGCUGUCGGCGAGGAGAACGUGAUUAUCGCUGAGAAACCGCUGAUUCUGGCCAUGACCUCAGGGACGUCGGGACGGAGCUCCAUGCUGCUCAGCACCAAAGACACCAACUCUGAGUUCUUCCUGCAGGGAGUGGCCGUGUGUUUAGAAGCAAUGCGGCAGGCAUUCCCAGCGACCGACAGCCUUCAACGCACCACCAAGUUUUUCUACACCCCUAUUUUUCGCCAGUCUGAGGCCGGCAUUCCCAUCGGACCAAACUCCUCCACGCCAGCCUCCUCCCGCCACAUGCUCAACCUUUACACAACUCCAGCUCCUGCCUUCGAGGUUCCCAGUGAGAAGGACACUCUGUACCUGCACCUCCUGUUCGCUCUGAAGGAUCCCAGUGUGGGAACGCUGGAGUCCAACUUUGCUUCCACCGUGUUCUACGCUUUCAGUGCCUUACAGGAUCGUUGGCAGGAGCUUGUUGAGGACAUCGAGCGAGGGAAAGUCAGCAGCGCUCUGUCUCUGGAGCCCCAAGUGAGGACCAGGCUUGAAGCUCUAAUGAAGCCAGACCCAGAGAGGGCCGCUCAGCUCCGGGCCCACUUCCAGGAGGGCUUCAGGGGGAUUGCCAAGCGACUGUGGCCUCACCUUCACCUGGUGCUGGCGGUGGACUCGGGCUCCAAUCAGAUCUACGGGGAAAUGCUGCGAGAGAAUUACUGCAAAGGAGUGCCUUUCUACUCGCCCUUCUACGCUGCCACUGAAGGUCUAAUCGGGGUGAACCUGUGGCCUCACGAGCUGAACAGACGGUACCUGCUGUGUCCUCGCUCGAUGUUCUGCGAGUUCCUGCCAGAGAGCAGCCUGGAGGAGGAGACGCCUCAGACUCUGCUGAUGGAGGAGGUGAAGGAGGGAGACAGCUAUGAGCUCGUUAUCACAAACGCUUCAGGACUUUUCAGAUAUCGCAUCGGAGACAUUGUGAAAGUCGUUGGAUUCCACAACCAGUGUCCCGUUGUGGAGUUCCAGUACAGACGGGGUCAGAUGCUGAGCGUUCGAGGGGAGAAAGUGUCGGAGGCCUUGUUUCUUGACGCUUUGAAGAAAGCAGUUGCUCAGUGGCCGGGUGCUCAGCUGGUCGACUACUGCUGUGCUGAGAGCGGCAUCUUGGGAGAUUCAAUCGGUGGAUCAGACCCUCAUUACCAGGUGUUUUUAGAGCUGAAAGGUGUGAGGAGACUGACAGAGGAACAAAGAUAUAAGCUGGACAUUUGUCUCCAGCAGGACUCGGCCGUCUACAAAUCCUUCCGCAUCAAAGGCAGCAUCGGACCAAUGAGGGUGCAGCUGGUGGCGGACGGUGCGUUCAAGGAACUUCGUAAGCAGAUGAUGGCCUUCUCCAACACCUCGCCCAACACUUUCAAAAUGCACCGCGUGCUGCGCAGGAAAGAAUACGCCGAUUUCCUCCUGGGAAAAACCGUUUCCUGAAAAAGCUUAUGGACUCUGUGGUGAGCGCUGACGAAGCGAAACGUCUCCGGUCUUAUCAACUACUCAGGAAUGAGUUGAUGAAUUGUGCCUUUGGGAGCAACACAAAAAAAACACACCAUCAUUCAUUUUUGAUGAUUAAAAUUGUACAUUUUACUGUUUUUAUUUUUGAGAAUAUUUAUACAAUUAUCUAUAAAAAGCUGCUGUUUUGUUUACUAAAAUUUUUCAGAACCUCAUCUGGGUAUCAUAAAAAUAAACCGUUUUAGUUUCCAGCACA